CGACUCGUGCGCCCGCUCGCAUCGGCAGCAACGGGCCGCGACCCCGUUCGACCGAAUAUCGUCCAGCACGAGCUCACACCCGAAAAAACGCGUUUUCGUAUCGUUUCGGGCGCGCAAAACGCGCUGAAAACACUCGAAUUCCAAAAGAAACCGUGACAUUCUCGUCUUAAACUCUCGUCCUGCACACUCAUCCACUCACACACACUGCCAUUGAACUCGCUGCGAGAGGAUAACUUUUCAUUGCUGAAAAAACUACACAGUUUUAACGAUGAAAUUUAAUUUUGAGUGAAGUGCUGCUUAAAAACGAGUUUUCUCCGCCGCAAACGAAGAAAAUCCACGCUGGGGUUGGUAAAAACUAAGGUGGUGCAUACCGAGAUGACAUGGACAUCAUCGGUGCGUCCUGCAGGGAUGAAACGUGUCCAAGACAUAUAAAUAGUUCGUGGCUGUUAUCCCGGAGGUAAUCUGGUAUGCAGUGGCGGAAAUUGGCGCGUUCGAAGAUCACAUCCGGUCGAUCACGCACGCGCAAUAUGCUCUGCUGCGGCCGGCGAAAGGAUAAUGGGCGAGAGGCUUUGGAUCUCACGGCAUCUCCAUUGCGCGCGGCGCCAGGACCCACAGCACGCAACAACCACCCUCCACCAAUGGUCAUACAGGGUGACUUCCGGAAGGUUUCCGGUAUUAGCACGGAAAUCUUCAAGCAGAUAGAGCAAGUAGAGAACGACCACGAUGCGACGACGGCGGCGGCGUUGGAGCACGUGGAGCGGCGUGGUGAGAUGAUUGUCCGCAUCCUCGACGCCCGGCAGCUGGGGCGGUCGUGCGCGGAGGCGGCAAAGCGCUUCCAAUCGAUGCAGGACGCCAAGCACACGGUGCAGUUCGUCGAGAUCGUCAAGCGGCCCGGCCAGACGCUCGGUCUGUACAUACGCGAGGGCAACGGCAUCGAUCGCACCGACGGCGUCUUCAUCUCGCGCAUCGCCCUCGAGUCGGCCGUCUACAACAGCGGCUGUCUCAAGGUCGGGGAUGAAAUCUUAGCGGUUAAUCUAGUGGACGUAACCCGUAUGAGUCUUGAUGAUGUGGUUAUUAUUAUGUCCAUCCCACGCCGGUUGGUCCUUGCGACACGGCAACGUAAGGGUGGUAUUAAGGGUGGGCAAGAGUCGCCCAAUGUCCAGCCCCGCAACGAGCACAAACCACCGCCGGUGGUGGUCAUUAAACGUGACCUACGUGAAGAUGAAAUUGAUGAGCCUGAUUUAGGACAACAUAGCAGGGAUACGAUGAGACAACGACACACAGGCGACGGGAGAGAAAUGAGUGAGUCCCGUUCGCGACUGGGCCUUGGAGGGUUAGAUGGACGCGGUGGGCACACACAGGACACCAAUGGACUUGAUCUGUAUUACAAUUCACGUCCGCCGGAUAGUUGGGGUUAUCAACCACCUCCGCCGGUUAUUACUGAGCAACCUAAAGGAAACAUCCAACACUUCCAACCCUUUGAAAGAGGUUAUCCUGGUACCCUAGAAAGUCUUGCUGAGAAGGUGCACUCCUUUGGUUUGCCAAAUCAUAGACGUAUGAGUGCUGGUAACCAACCCAUUCCUGGGAGGUUAUCAGGGCAAUCACAACAGAGUCCAUCGAGUCAUUAUUAUGUUCAGCAUACAGGUACUGGUUCAAGGAGGAUAAUGCCCAGGUCUGGGUCUGAUCAACAUUUACCGCAUACAGAGUAUGCUGAUUACACGAGCAUAACCCCAGCUGGGAGGCACAGUCUGUUGAGGUCCAGUUUGAAAUCAGGGUCUACGUUGAGUAGAUAUAAUCAACGUUAUGUGGACCAGACCUCUGUGGCUGCACAAUUAGCCCAGGCAAAGUAUGCUAGUUCCGGACAGUAUGCAGGUGCGGGGACACUUACUAGGAGAAAUAGGAGUAGUUUGGAUUAUAGCAGUGACACUGAGGCAACGUGUGGUCCAAGAAAUAGUUACUAUUACUAUAGGCAACAAGCACCACCAGUCCAACACUCAACUUUGGCCACUUUGGGUCGUAGCGCAUUGACCUCAGGAGGUCCCUCAGACAUCAGUUCCAAAUUCAACUCCCUUCCUAGAGAUACUCGAGGUGCCACUCGCCUGGCGAUGAACAAACGCUUCGGACCUGCGUCGGCUCUUCUUCAGGACGAAGCCGAUGGUAAUCUUUCCGCACCAGAAAUGCCCUCCCUGCGGCAACGAGGAAGGAUACCCUCGUCACCCAAUAUAUUCACUUCAGACGAGUACAGACAAUGGCUGAGCCGUACACCCUCCACCUCCGCCAUCUACGAGCAGAUUCGUGCGUCGCGUGACGUGCUCAAUCAGCAGCGCGCGGCGAGGUUCACCUACAGCGCUGAAAACAUUCACGCAGCUCUUAAGGAUACCGAAGGAGGGUAUUACAGUGCGUACGGCAGGCCGGGUGUUACCGCGACGCUUGAUCGCAAUUUCUCGCGUGCGCAGCAUCAAACCCCCGCACGCUCAUUGUCAACUCAACAUAUCACAUCAUCCCCAUCAGCUUUAGCAUCAAGUAGGUCACCUUCAAUGCGUCGCAUGAGACAACUCUUGGAGUUGGAUGCUGUGAGAGCAGGAGCACCUAGUCCUGUCCCAACCCCAAGUGGGACUCUCCCACGAGGGCAAAGACAGUUGGAUAUCAACCCCGCGGAGUUCUUGAAAUACAAAAUUGAUAAACCAAUGCAGGGUAGUGGUCUUAGUGGCUUGCCUUCGUUGGGUGGUAGUGGCCUAGGUGGAGAGGAACCCAUUAGUGGUUUGCUGUGGGUGCAUCUUCUUGCUGGGCGAGGGUUGCGGGCAUCUACUGGGUCUUCAAAUGCUACUACACCGGUUACACCUAGUGGUGGAACAGCUCCAACGAUAGGAGGGUCAACUGGAAUGCGUGACCUAUACUGUGUGCUGGAAUGUGACAGAGUCCAUAAAGCCCGUACUGUUGUUCGUACUGGAGAUUUGGUCUUUGAUUGGGACGAAUCCUUUGAAUUAGACCUUGUCUACAAUCGCGAACUAGAUCUACUAAUUUACUCCUGGGACCCACAAUACCGUCACAAACUGUGUUACAAAGGUUCAGUCCAUCUUGCAUCUCUGCUCAAAUCUGGUCCUUUACAUCAGUUGGCUUUGAAAAUUGAACCUAGAGGAACAUUAUACCUUCGUCUGAGACAUACCGACUCUUUUACUCUUUACCGGCGAAGAGGUAUCUCAUCAAUGACACUCUCAAGAACCCAACCACUUUUUGGUGUAGAUCUUGAGAGUAUAGUCAAUCGGGAAGCCAAAACCGGUGGUAUCCCUGGCGGGGUUUCCACUGGUCUAGCUGGUCCUGGCCAACAAGUACCAAUCAUUAUCCGAAGGUGUGUGGAAGAGAUUGAGCGACGAGGGUUAGACAUAAUUGGACUAUACAGAUUAUGUGGAUCUGCUACUAAAAAGAGAAUCUUAAGGGAAGCGUUUGAAAGGAACAGUCGUUCUGUGGAUUUGACACCUGAUAAUGUCCCUGACAUCAAUGUCAUCACAGGAGUUUUGAAGGAUUAUCUUCGAGAAUUACCAGAACCUUUGUUCACCAAGUGUCUGUAUCAGAUGAUGGUGGACGCACUAGGGGUGUGCUUACCUGAUGACCCAGAGGGUAAUGCCAAGUUGAUGUUCUCUAUCUUGGAUUGUUUACCAAGAGCAAACAGGUCUACUUUAAUAUUCCUAAUGGACCAUCUCGCAUUGGUGGUAUCCGCAUCGGACAGAAACAAAAUGUCCGCCCAGAAUUUGGCCACUGCAUUAGCUCCAGUCCUGAUUUUACAUUCCAACGCUGAUGGGCAUCCUACAGCAGUGAAGCACGAAGUUGACUACAACCAACCCAUCGGGGUACUCAAGUAUCUGUUGCAGAUUUGGCCAACGCCCAAACACCACUCAGGUCGACGCGCCAGGCUACCCGGGCCGCGUGGAGACAGUCGCAGUGCGUUAGCUCCGGCGGCGGCAGCUCUGGGAGCAGCGUCGGGGGCAGCGGGCUCAGCGGUCAACUUGGCCCAACGCCCGCUGGCAUCCGAGCCGUCUCGGCACUCAGUGGCUCCGUUUCCUCCUCCUCCUCGCUCUCUAGUCUCGGGCCCCAGAGGGCCUGCGCCACCGGUCCCCUCACAUCAGACACUCGGCCAAUCAUCAGUAAACAAAGGUCCUUACCGUCCGCUCUCACCUCGAGUCGGACCGGUUGCGGCGCCGCCUCCGGGCUGCUUGGCAGCUUCAGCGGGGGCGGCAUUGGCCUCGUCAGCAGCGCCAUCCCAGCCCGCGCACAAACCGCGGCAGGUGAUAGUAUCCUCGCCAGGCUCGCCAAGCAGUAGCAGUGACAGCCAAUCGGGUUCCGACUCGGUUAAACACUACCAGACACCGUCAUCUCGUGCGGUCAGCGCGUCUCCAGCUGCUCUACGUGGGUCGCCUUCAUCCAUGCGUAACUCGCCUACCCUCCGUCACACGCCAUCAUCAGGUGCAACUACCACUUCUAAUGGUACCUCGGCGUUUGCUUCCACCAAGUCGCCGUCAAUCACAAGUCUAAGCCGUGCUAGUCCUUCAUUUGGUACCACUCGAAGCAGUUCACCUGCUAUGCAAGGUAGUUCAGCAGGAAUGGCUGUUACCCUUGCAUCAGCAACCAGCGCACUGUCAACCCUGACAGGACUACAAUCUACUAUCUCGAAUAUUAAUACCACUGCUGGUAAUCUCUACAGUCUAAGCUACUCUCAACCUUCUCAACCUGCGCCACCUCCUUCACAACCCACUACAUUCGCAAGCACAAAUCCCUUCCUAACUGGAGCUUACCUCAACUAUACCACAUCUGAAUCUUCUACUUAUGGUGGUAAUGGUUCAUCAAAACCUUACUCCAAUCUCUUUGACACCAGUAAAUAUUCCUAUGACACUUCCCCUGUAACCAACGGUAAAGGCUAUGACAGAUCCUAUGAAAACGGCAAAGAUUCCACUAAUGCAACAAGCAAACUCUUCGAUAAACUCUUCGACAAUGGUAAAUACGGCUCUGGAUCAUCCUCCUCAGCAUAUGAUUCACAUGGUAACCAUGGCAGUACAACAAACAACCACGGAGGUCACGGCAAUCACACCAACAACGGCAAAGACAAACCAUUCGCAUACGAAACAUUCAAGUCGUAUUCAUCAGCCGCAUCAGACGCAUUCAGCACCAGCGAUGUGUACACAACAAGCAUGGCCGCCAGUGAUAAAUACAAAUCAUAUCUGGCAACCACAACCAGCGGUUACAACCCAUAUAAAUACGACAGCAGCUCACCACGAGAUGUCUCACCAAGCAGCACUGGUAACGGCGGCCAUGUUGGCAACGGACAUGACGGCAACGGGUCAAAUGGCGGUGGUCGUGGCGGCCAUCUUCAAGUCGAGGAAACGCCAACACCAACAAGCAGCAUCGAAACGGAGGAUAGUAACACCCGCGAGGUAGGUGAGAAAGACGUCGAAGGCGAUGGCGAACUGUCAGACUAAAUUGACACUCACACACGUCACAUUGACGUGUGUACGUCAAGUGGGGUUAUGUUUCAUAACGUCACCAUGCGUAAAAUGUAUGUCUGCUUGAUAGAAUCAAACGUACUCGGCGAUAGUAUCAUUGUUAACGUAUAUAUAAUAAAUGAAUCUAUAUAUAAAUAUUAUAUAUAUAUUAUACAAUAUAUAGAAGGAUAGCUAUUAUUAUCUAUUUAAAAUAUUUACGCGGACGGAGGGAUUUUUUUGCGACGUCGAUGAAAUGAUUUAAAGACUUUUAGCCGUAGUUAAAAUUUGAUGUAGUUCUAAACUAAACAAAAAAAAAACUAAACCUAACCUAAAACUUAAAAAAAUAGUAAAUGACAGGCAAAAAGACAGAACGACACGACUUAAAUAAAAAAAAUGAGAAAUAGUUGCCGUCACCAGCGGAAGAAACUUAGUGAAUCAUUGUUAUGUGUUUGCACAAUAUACAUAUAUAAAUAAUAUUAUAUAAAAUAUAUAUGAUACGAUUAUAUAUAUACAUACUAAUUGGGACGACGACGAGAUGAAGAUGUUUUUUGACUUUUCAAUUUUUUACGCUUUGUAUCGACUUUUUGAUUGCGCCCCAAAGACGCGCUGAUACUAAAGUGACGUGUAGACGUGUAGAACUAUACAGAUAUACAGUGUGUUUAACCUAUAGCAGAAAUUCUUUAUGAUAUAGCGCGAGAUUACGUUUCGUCUUUUCGUGUGAACGUUGUUGAAACUGUUUGAGAUCAAGCACAAAACUCCACUAGGAAAGUUUAGCGAAAUAAAAGUAAAAAACUUAAAACGAAAAGCAAAUCAAACCAAAAUGACGUUUUGGUUUGUUUUUCUCACUGUGUAAAUUAACUAAGCAUAUAUAAAUAUAUAGAUAUACUCCUCGUGCAUAUUAUACAUACUAUAUUAUACACACAUGCGAAGCAACUUUUUUGAAACGUGUAUAUUACUAAGCGUAUUGUAUGUGAAAGUUUAUACGCGCAUGCGCGGGACGACAACACUGCCACCACUUUAUGAACGUCACACAACACACACACAACAUUCAAAUUGAAACUAUACAUGUGGUUGCUUUAUUAGAAAGCAAUAAAACUAGUUUAAAUGAAGAACAGAACGUUGACGUAUAAAUAAAAAAACUAAACAACAACACACACUUAACGAGAUAACUUUAAUGAUGUUAAUAUAAUCGUAAUCGUGCAUACGUGUAGAUAAGUGACAGUUGAGCGAACAAAAAAUGGCGCAGAUGGUUAUCUAGGCUUUUUACAUUUUCGAGCAGACAAGAAAACAAUGCCAUAUACGUAUACAGUACGUCAUAGCGGAUAUAUUCCUAACUAGAUAUGUAUAUGUACGUGUCGAUAUAAUGUCGGUAAGGUAGAUUUCUGCGCUCGCGCUCGCUUGUUUCUGCAUUGUGGGUUGCUGCGCGCAUAUUUCUUGUUGAUGUUGUUGGUUAUGUUUUAGUCUUUAUUUUCCGGCAGCAACCACACUAAAACCAUCAAACAAGUGACCAGCGAGGAAUUAGAUUUUCACAUGUAUACAUACAUUGCAUAUAUACAUAUAUUAAGAUAAUAAUUAAAUUAUAUACUAGGCGCGCACGUUUGUUUAGUUCUGCAAAAGGUAAGAAAUCUAACAACUGAAUUACGAAUUGAAUGUAACUGUAGAUAUUAUAUAUACACUGGUAACACACCUACACACACAUGUAAGCAUCUGUUCGCUGAGCGAAUGUGUUGUUUGAUUGUCAUCUGUCAAAAUUUGACGACAAUUCAUGUCAAAAACAAAAACUAUACAUAUUAUCAUUGAAAGAAUCACGGAAGUUGAUUGUAAGUGAUGUGAAGGAAUAAGAAAUGAGCAUAUAAUGGAACAUACAGUGUGUUUAAAGGCACUUUGAACAUAUUGUAUGUUUGUGUGGAAAAGAUUCAUUGCGAAUGAUCUCUAGUCAAUUUUCUGUUUGGUCAAUUUUAGGCGUCUAUAUAUAUAUAUGAAACAUAUACGAUAUGAUAUAUAUCUAUAGUGUAAUUAAUUCAGAGCGGAAACAAAAUGGCGGCAAGUAAACAAAAAAUGAUAAAAAAUUAAAAACUAAAACUUGGGAUUAACGCAAACGAAUGAAAAUGGAUGAAAUGGUGAAAGAUUAACGUUGAAUAUUUAGACUGUUGAAGAGUUAUUUAUAUAAAUAUGAUUGUUUGGUUUGAUUGAUUAGUAUUUCGGUUUUUCUUGAGACUUGAAUAAAAUGUUUAUGUAGCGGAAUUUUUCAUGAAUGUGUGUGCACAUAUCAUAAACGAAUUCGUGAAUUUAAAGAAAUUGUAAGAAAAAUCAUAAGGAGAUGGUGAAAUAACAAAAAAUAAAAUGACGUACGAAUUAAAUAUCAGUAGAAGAAGUUGCCUAUUAGUACUAUCGAGUAUUUACGAUUUGUUUACGGAUAGCUCAUCAUCGACUGACGUAAUAAAACAAUUUAGCAAGAAAAACAGGAAAUGACAUGCAAAAGACCUAAUAAAACAUAAAAAAAAACUAAACAAGAAACAAAUUCUAAACGAUUAAAUGAUGAGAAUGUGACGCAAAAAAUUGUAAAGCAUUGUAAAAUGUACACAUGUACACACUGUAUAUUAACUUCUCUCUCAUACUCGUUGUGCGGACGUUAGAGAACGACAUUCAGUCACACAUUAACACACAUUGACAUUGACAUAAGCUAAAAUUUGUAACAUAGUAGAUUUUGACAUGAAAUCAUUGAAGAAAACGACGAAAAACAAAUCUCAAAGGGAUUUUUACCGAAUCACAAAACCGAAUCUAACAAUUAAUAAAUUGCAUAGACGUAUAAAAUAAUAUCAUAUUAGGUGAGAGAUCAAUCAAUCAAUCAAUCAAUCUCGGAAUUGAAUUGGACACACGUUUAAACACACAAAAAUCAUCUUGCAUCUCACCAUCAUCAUCGACGAAAUAAGUCUGAACGUAUACAAUGUGUAAAAAAACGAUAACCUGCGUUAGGAGGUAUAUUACUACAACUACAACUAGCAGCGCCACGUAGCGUCGCGUAGCGUCAACUCUAGCGCCACCAAACGGCAGGGAAACAUACCAUCUUUCAUAUAACGUAAUAUCUAACGAUAAUAAUUGUUAUAAACAACCAUUAAGUCACAAUGUAAGUGGAAAAACGCAACAAUUAACUGUUUUGUUGUUUUGAAUAAAAAAAUGAAUAAAAUGUACACGAAGAUUGAUUGAUUGACGCAAAAAAUACUUGCGGAUAAACGAUGGCGAGCGAAAACCGAAACAGAGUAACAAUGAGUAAUAAACAAUAAUAAUUAUCAGUAUUUAAUGAAAUGUGAGGCAUGCAAACUCAGCUUUGAAACGGUACGAAAACAAAAUGGCGGAGACAAACAUGGCGGGAUGUGUCAUGUGAUGAGAUGGUGCGCGAAGAUUGUAAGAACGGCUAGAAACCCUCCUAAUUGACGAUUAUACUAUAAACAUUUAAAUUAAUAAAGAAAUAAAUCUUUCAGUUGACUCAUAA